AUGUCGUGGAUCUCUGCCAUUGGAGCUGCAUCUGGCGCGCUGUCCGUGACGCUAGGUGCUAUUGGUGCUCAUGCACUUAAGGAUAAGCUAACACCUGACCAAAUGAACAGAUGGCAAAUUGCCAACAAGUAUCAUAUGGUACAUUCCGCUGCCCUGAUGGCCAUUGCAUGGUCUCGUCCAUUGACUGGCGCAGCUUACUACGGCGCAUGCGGCCUAAUUGCAGGCAUAACCCUGUUUAGUGGCAUAAUUUACGCUAUGUGCGUUUUGCCACCUGCGAGCCCUUUGCGCAAGUUUGGCAUGCUGGGUCCAUUCGGUGGCACUUCUUUCAUCAUCGGAUGGCUCUUGCUUGCAUACUCCCAAAUUCCCGCCAGGCUUUAG